GGGCCGCCGGAGCGGCGCUCUAGAGGGUUCGGUUCGGUCUGCUCUCCAUGGCUCGGCUGUACCGGGCCGGGCGGCGGGUGGGUGGCGGUGGCGCGGCCCUGCCCCGCUGAAGACCCCUCCGCCAUGGAGCCCGAGACGCUGGAGGCGCGAAUCAACAAAGCUACAAGCCCCCUGAACAAGGACCUGGACUGGGAAGGUAUCAAUGCUUUCUGUGAGCAGCUCAAUAAGGAGCUGGAGGGCCCUCCACUUGCUACCCGACUUCUUGCCCACAAGAUCCAGUCUCCACAGGAAUGGGAAGCUAUCCAGGCCCUCACGGUGCUGGAGUCCUGCAUGAAGAGCUGUGGCAAACGCUUCCACGAUGAGGUGGGCAAAUUCCGCUUCCUCAAUGAGCUCAUCAAAGUGGUGUCACCCAAGUAUCUUGGCAGCCGGACAUCAGAAAAAGUGAAGUCGAAGAUCCUGGAGCUGAUGUACAGCUGGACAUUAGGGCUGCCUCACGAGGUGAAGAUCUCCGAGGCCUACCAGAUGCUGAAGAAACAAGGGAUUGUGAAAUGUGACCCAAAACUGCCUGAAGAUGCUCCAUUUCCAGCACCACCUCCCCCUCGGCCCAAGAACAUCAUCUUUGAUGAUGAAGAGAAAUCCAAGAUCCUGGCUCGUCUCCUGAAAAGUUCCCAUCCUGAGGACCUCCGGGCUGCCAACAAGCUCAUCAAGGAGAUGGUUCAGGAGGACCAGAAGCGAAUGGAGAAGAUCUCCAAGAGGGUGAAUGCAAUAGAAGAGGUGAACAACAAUGUGAAGCUGCUGACAGAGAUGGUGACAAAUUACAGCAAGGGGGAGACCAUGGAGAGCAAUGAGGACCUAAUGAAGGAGCUCUAUCAGCGCUGCGAGCGCAUGAGGCCCAUGCUCUUCCGGCUCGCCAGCGACACAGAAGACAAUGAUGAAGCCCUGGCGGAGAUCCUGCAAGCCAAUGACAAUCUGACACAGGUGAUCAAUCUCUACAAGCAGCUUGUACAGGGAGAAGAAAUCAAUGGGGAGACUGUGGCCGGUCCACUUCGAGGCAGCACCUCAGCACUCCUGGAUUUGUCAGGCCUGGAUCUCCCAGCAACAGGCCCUUCCUACCCAGCCUUGCCCACCCUUUCAGGUGGCUCAGCAGUCCCCAUGCCUGACCAGGCUGGCUCUGUCUCCUUGCUGGAUGAUGAACUCAUGUCUUUAGGCCUGAAUGACCCAGCACCACAUCCUGCCCAGGCUGGUGACAGCAGUGGCUGGAACAGCUUCCAGUCAUCGGAUAGCAAUGAGCUCAGUAUCGCCCCUAUGACAGCAACACCGACAGUCAAAGCAGAUGCUGGCUCAUCCUCCCCCAAACCUCCUCACACCAGUGGCCUGGAUGACCUGGACCUCCUGGGCAAGACUCUGCUGCAGCAGUCUUUGCCUCCAGAGUCUCAACAAGUGCGAUGGGAGAAGCAACAGCCACCUCCCCGGCUCACCCUGAGGGAUCUCCAGAACAGGAGCAGCUCUACAGGCGCCACAGCCCACAAUCCUAGUGCUCUGCCUAUGCUCCAGAGUGUUUCCCCUAACCCCACACUGCCCCUGACCUCAGAGCCACCUGCCCCUGCUACACUUCCAAAAGCUGCCACCUCACCCCCAGGAAAUGCUGCAGUCCCACCACAGCCUCCUGCCACCAUGCUGCCCCAGGAGAUCUCUCUGGCCAACAUCACUGUGCCUCUGGAGUCAAUCAAACCCAGCAGCAUCCUCCCUGUGACUGUGUAUGACCAGCACGGCUUCCGUGUCCUCUUCCACUUUGCUAAGGAUGCCCUGCCCGAGAGGCCCGACGUGCUUGUGGUGGUGAUUUCCAUGCUCAGCACGGCCCCGCAGCCCAUCCGAAACAUUGUAUUUCAGUCUGCUGUCCCCAAGGUGAUGAAGGUGAAGCUCCAGCCUCCCUCAGGCACAGAGCUGCCGGCGUUCAACCCCAUUAUCCACCCUAGUGCCAUCACACAAGUCCUGCUGCUUGCUAACCCACAGAAGGAGAAAGUGAGGCUACGGUACAAGCUGACCUUCACCAUGGGAGAGCAAACCUACAAUGAAAUGGGGGAUGUGGAUCAGUUCCCCCCACCGGAAUCCUGGGGAAACCUCUAGGGCCCCACGUUGCAGACACUACACUGCAGAGUCCUUGGGAAGCCAGCCCUGCAGGGCUGGAGCAACCCGAGGAGAUGGGGAGGGUGGGUGGGGGCUGCUGCUCACGGUCUAUUCUCCAGACGGCCAGGCGAGGGCCAGAGGGAGCGUGCCUGAAGUAGGAGAGCAGAGAUGCCAGGAGAUGUUCAUCCCACAAAACUAGGAGUGGAGUGGAAAUCUUCGUGCAGGUCAACAGUUGCCUUCCCUGCUCUUCCAAAGGCAUCGCUCCCUCUCUAGUCUGUCCAGCCUCUAGCCCUGCUUUCUCCCAAGGGGCGGUGGGGAACAGGGAUGGGGAGCUUAGCAGCCUCAGCCUGAGGCAAGGCCUAGCAAAGGAAGAUCCUUUUCCUUGUCUACCCAUCCAUGCUUCCCAGCCCUUCAGCUGCUUCAUGCUCUGUGGUGCUUCCUCUUGCCCCCCUUUGCCCCCUCCUUGGAGCUGCGCCCCAAGUGGUUCCCUGUCUGAUGGGAUCACACUGGAGCUGGUGUGGAAGAAGUCUGGACAGAGACAGGGUGUCCCUCCAGCUCCAGAGAGCAGGUAGCUUUGUUUCUGGGGUGUCGGGGAGGAAGUGAUCUUCCCGUAUCCCCCUCCUUCCAGCUGCUUACAGAGCUGUUGGGGGGGGUUUGGGAGCCUGGGGGCUGGGAAGAGUUUGCUCUGUGCCUUCCUAUCCCCUUCAGCGGGAGCUCCUGGGCACUUAGCCCACACAGCGAGGAAUCCCACACUCUUCCCUACAUGUACUCAUCUACCACAGCAAGCCUUGGGGACUGCUGCUGGACUUCGUCUCACAUGGCAGUCCUGAAAGGGGGUACUGAGGGGACCAAGUCUCCCCACAGCCUCCUGCCCAACAGGGAGAGGAAGCAGGACAUGGCCUUCCUCCCCCUGGCUGGGCUGGAGAGUGUGGUGUGUGAGGGGUUUUCUGAGCUCUUCAGUGCCACCUUGCUGUAGGGUAGGUAGGUAAUGAGCUGGGAGUCGAGGGGGAGAGACUGGAGCCCAACCUGUCACCAGAGGGCACCAGUAAGCUCUCUUACUGGGAGCCCAGCUCUGCACUGGGGGGGACCUGGGGAUGGGGAGGGGGGGGUACAGCUGUGCCUUGUGCACCUUUGCCUGCAGCCGUGGGCAGGCCUGGCUCCCUGCAGCGGGGAGGGGGCUUCCCCCAGUCACCCGAUCACUGUGACACAAGAGCAGGGAUCUGCAGGCACGGAAGAGACCAGAGGUUGGCACAUCCCAGGCGAUCCCCGUCCCCAUGGGACUUGUGACCACAAGAGCCCCUUCCCAUCCCUGCGUGGUCUUAAAAGCCAGGGGCAAGCUGUUGCCCUACGUUUGCUUGCCAGAGGUAGAAGGAGGUGUGUGUGUGUGUGUGUGUGUGUGUGAGAUGGAGGAGAGUGGGGGUGCCUCAGGCUUUGGGAUGGGGCAGUGAAGGUUGAGGUGUCUUGGAGACGGGGGCAGCAAGUGAUAGAGGAGAGGGGGAAGCUGGGUUUCUGCUGCGUUUUACUUCCCUUUCUGGUCUCUUUUCUGGGUUUUGUAUGGGGGUUUUUCUUUGCAGAUCUUGUUUGGUUCUUGAACAGACUUGUAUAUAUUUUCAGUGCAAAAUUCUGUAAAUGGAAGAAAACAAACAAAAAGAUUUAAAACAAAACGCCCGGCGCGAAGAAUCUGCUGUAUUUAUGGGAAAUAAAAGAGUUCUUUCCUGAUCCUGUC